AGAUGCUGAAGAUAAGCAUAAGCUUAUAACAAGGACAGAAGCAAAAGAAGAAUAUCUUCUUAAAGACUGUGACUUAGACAAGAGGGAGCCAGUGCUCAGAUUCAUUGUGAAGAAGAACCCUCAUAAUUCACGAUGGGGUGACAUGAAACUUUAUUUAAAACUACAGGUAAUCAAGCGUUCUCUUGAAGUCUGGGGUAGUGAAGAAUCACUGCAAGAAGCAAAGGAACUCCGCCGUGACAGCAGAGAGAAGAUGAAACAGAAGAAGUUUGAUAAGAAAGUUAAAGAACUCCGCCGUGCUGUGAGGAGCAGCUUGUGGAAGAAGGAAGCUAGUAACCAUGAACAUGAGUAUGGACCAGAAGAAAACAUUGAUGAAGAUACAUAUAAAAAGACAUGUACUGUAUGUGGCCAUGAAUUAACUUAUGAGAAGAUGUAGUGUUAAUCUGUUGUGGUUUUUUUUUUUAAAUUUUCAUUAUCUUUUUAAUGGUAUUUUGUAUUAAAAUCAAAUAAAUGCU